AGUCGAAAGCGUUGAACGCAUGCGUGUAGAUUUUCCGUAGCAUCGUGUGCGCUCUCUCAUCUCCUCCGUGCGUACAAUUGUUCUCUGCGAAGUGUGCGUACGAAUCCGGGGGGAUAACGUCGUUCGCGAGGUGCAUCCAAAGAUCUUUGUAAGGAUAUUCGGGGGAAUUUUCCAGCAAUAGAAUUUCACCAUUGUGUUUUGGGUUGUAUUGGUGUUUGUGCGGAAGUGCGUUGCGUGUUCAGUAAAAUCGGUUGUGGUGCAAAAUCGAUAAUUUUAGAAGAUUCUAUUACCUCAAGUGGAUCGUUUUUGCAAAAUCACGAGACAAUCCACUUCAAAGGCGUUUGAGAGUGAAAGUGACAUAUCUGCGGCUUCCUAUGCAGCCGCGGAAAAACCUACGGACUUGACGAAGAAAAUCGAUAAGUGACCGGUUUUCGUGGCGAGGACGUCUGAAAGAAAUUUCAGCUUGCGAAGGGCACUUCUUGAAAAUUGCUGCUUAUCUCGAAUCGGUCUCAACCGUCUCGCCGGGAUAAAUCGAUCAUCGAAGGAACGUACGAAACCGGCUCGCCGGUUGCAGCAGUGAAUUUCUCUUCUUUUCGGUGUUCUUUAAUUUCUUUUCUUGAAACAAUCGAGAUAAGCGAUCUUACUCCGAAGACGAAAACAACGACGACGACGACGACGUCGACAACCGUGCCUUCCGUAGGCAUCUCGGGACAAACGAUUCGACACGGUGGGAGUGGAAAGUGAUAUUCAAUGCGCGGCCGGUACGAUCUAUUGCAGAGCUAUCGAUACAACUUCAUCUAGCCAGCUAACGAUCGAUCCAUCCAUCUAUCCAUCCUGCAUCGCCGGUUAUAGACAGGACCGAGUUGUAUUGACAGUUUUGGUGAAUUAGCGGCUGUGCCCGAGUCGGAAAAAAGAGUAAGAAAAAAAUCAGUUGAACGAAGGCACAGAAACCUACUGCGUGACGUGAUGUUAUCAGUUUUGGGACUGUGAGAUUCAUUCAUAGAAAUUGUGGCUGUAGUCUGUCAAUGGUGGAUCGGUGAAGUCAAGUGACCGCUCGAGAAUAGAAUUGAUAACCGAGACGCAGCUAUUUUAAUACUUUUUGCAACGUGGUGAGAAAAGUUCGAUUUUUUGCAAUCAUUUUUGUGACCGUGGUGCAGUGCUAAAACGGUGACGUUGCAUUCGACGGAACACGGGGUACCCGGUGCGCGGACCCCGCUGGGAGUAGUACCGGUAAACAUCAGCCAGCCGCCGCUUCACAUGGGAGUUUGUACGGAGGAGCGCCCUGUAAUGCAUUGGCACCAGAGCGCUAGGUUUCUUGGUCCACCCCGCGAGCGAAGUCCAGAUCUUAGCAAUGCUUGUCAGAUCAACGCAAACAACAACAACAACAUCAACCACCGGACGUGCAUAUCGUGCACGGAUACCUGCGAGCAUAGUCUUAAGGCCAGCCACGGGGGCGGAGGUAACCUAGGUUCCGCCCACCUUUACCACGACAGUUGUCACAGCUACGAUUCGGCGCCGGAUCGACUGAUAGCCGACAGGCCCAACUACUACACCGAUCUCAACCGAAGUGACUGUUCGGAUACUAGCAGUAGUGUGCUGAAUAGUUGCAUACAGCUCAAAUCGGAACCUCCGGGUGGUCCGAGUAGUCCUGAAUCUUCCAGCGAGUUACCUCCCUCCGGAUUAGAAGAAUGCGCUGGCUGUGAUAUGCCGAUACAGGACCGCUUCUACCUGUCAGCUGUUGAGCGCAAGUGGCACGCUACCUGUCUACAGUGCUGCAUCUGCCGGCAAACGCUGGAAGGUGCGAACUCCUGCUUUUCACGUGAUGGGAAUAUCUACUGCAAAACAGACUACUACAGAGUAUUCGGCUCGAGACGAUGUUCGAAAUGUCUGGCUUCAAUUAGUUCCUCCGAGUUAGUUAUGCGAGCUCGACACCUAGUUUUCCACAUACGGUGCUUCUGCUGUGCGAUCUGCAAUACCCUGCUCAACAAGGGUGACCACUUUACGAUACGGGACUCGGCGGUGCUUUGCAGAUCCCACAUAGACAUCCCACUGGACCCGGGAGCACCCAUCCCACUGGCAAUGCAGUGUCAGUACCCGAGCCAGUACGGUAACUCCCCCAGUGCACCGUUGAGUCCGAGCGAUUCGACCGGAAGCAGCAAGAUGCCACCGGCCGGUUACUUUUCGCCUCAUCACGCCGUUUCCGCCCUGCCUCAGCAACCCCGCCAGAAGGGACGACCCCGGAAGCGGAAACCGAAAGACAUUGAAGCGAUGACUGCUAGUUUAGAUCUUAACACCGAGUACCUUGAUUUGGGCUUCAGUCGAGGCCUGGGCUCGUCGUCGCGGGCCAAACGGAUGCGAACUUCGUUCAAGCACCAUCAGCUGCGUACCAUGAAGUCCUACUUCGCCAUCAAUCACAAUCCGGACGCGAAGGAUCUCAAGCAGCUGUCGCAAAAGACCGGCUUGCCGAAGCGGGUGUUACAGGUCUGGUUCCAGAACGCACGCGCAAAAUGGCGCCGGAUGAUGAUGAAGCAGGAGGGCAAAAUCAUCGACUCGGACAAGGGCGACGGUUCGCUCGAUCUGGAUGGGUACGUGUCCCAUAGCCCCGGGUCGUACAUCAUGGGCGGCCCCGGUAGCCCGUCUUCGCUGGACUAGUGCCUGAUGACAGUCACGGUUCGGCGGCGGAUGCUGCAGGAGCACUUUAACAAUAGGCUGCACCACCACCGUCAUCAUCAUCAGCAGCAGCAACAGCAGCAUCAUAAACAACGCAAUCACCAAGAUCCACGGACGACGAAUCAUCAGCAACAGCAAGUCGGAAUGGUGGACGCGGGGUCUACCGAUGCAACAGGGAGUUGAUUGUUAGGCCGAGAAAUUUCCAUAAAAAAAUUUCUGUCUACAUGCUGGAAUCGUCUCGAGGAAUUCGAGGGAGGUUAAUUGAGCGAAAAAUAUAGCGACUGCCAAAAACAAAAAAAAACACCACAACCCAAAGCGGAAGUGAACCUGCGUUUGCGUUUAAGCGCCUUGCUUAUUACCAUUUGAGCAAAGACAAUGAUGGUAUUAUAUUCAAAUUCUUGUUUUGCUACCGCUUUUUACCACAAGUUUGACUCCGACUUGAACCAUAAAAACCAAUGGAAAUCGCGUUCGAACGACUCGAAAUCUCCUUCGAAAUGGUUGUUUCGUACGUACGAAACUGGCCUAUGUAAAAAGAUGUAAAAAAGUGUUCAGGACCAGAAGACGCAGAUAGAGAGAGAGAGCCACAAAAACAACCGACACUGUGGAUGGUUGGUGGAAUGAUCUAGGGGAGGGAGAGAGAAAAAAAAACAGCGUGCGGAGAGUAAUAAUAAUGUAUGCACAUAUGAUUACCAGGUAUGCUGCAUACUUAUGAUUUUGUUAUGUUAAGUUUUAGCUUUUUUUUCAUUAUUCGCUGGAUUUGCCUCCGUCGUUACCCAUGCCUGCCUACGCUGUCCGACUUGCACGAUUCUGACGGGUUACGAUCUUGAAUGUAUGUUUCUGUAGUUGCGUGUAUGCCCCACCGAGGUAAGAUCCGCUGCUCAUCAGGUACAUUUCUUGGCGUUUGAGGUACUGUCGGUUGGGGUGAUUUGGGGAAUUAUUCGGCAAAGAAUUGCGAACGUAAAUCAUGGAUGUUUUGGGCGUUUUGGUGGAAAGUCGAACCUAAAUAGGAAAUAAUAAGAUUUACCUUGAAUUGAAUUUAUCUUUGCAGAUAAGUAUUUCUUCGAAGUCUUUCUGACUUCUUCGGUGUCUGUCACUUUAGAAGUGAACAGACACUGACGAAGUCGUCAAGACGUUACCGAAAUACAUAUUUGUACAGUUGAAUAAAGAUCAUUUGAUGGAAUUAAAAGGAAACAUUACCCAUGUAACCAAUAAGCAUUAUGACGUAGCCUUAUAUCCGCUUUAGAUUUGCAUAUAGGGCAGUCUUUAAGAACUGGUAUGCUGAUGCAAUGCCAGAGAAAAAAGUGGCGAUAUAUUGUGCGAAUACUGUGCAGAGAUUUACAACCCAUUUUCUGCAUUACUAAUGCUAUUAUGAAGCACCAGAAUCAGAACUGUCAAAUUUGAAAGACUAUUAGCAACACUAUUCAUGCUAUUAGAUAGCUUCUACGGGCUGACAUUUUCCUCAACGUCUUAGAACGCGAACGUUUACUUUUCUGUAAGAUAAAGACAAAAAUGAGGAUAAUUAAAAUAAUCAUCAGAACUGUAAUAGACUCUUUCUAGCGAUAUGAGAUGAUCAUUUUUAUCUUAACGGAAUUUGGUUGUCACACGUUAUGGACAACGUUUUACAAACAUUUCCUUUAUUGUAUCUCGAAUAGAAGUACCCUUACAUUGCAUCGUCAUUCACGACGUUUGCGCCCCAUUUGCUACCUAGGCUAUAUUGAAAAUAUUGGAAUGCAACGAAAUUUGUAGUAUAAAAUACUCAAGACGAGAUACAUUAUGAAUCAUAUCACAGCUUUGAAUUACCAUUAUAUUGGCUUUAUAUUUGCUUAUAAUAGCGCUGAACGUACAUGUAAGUCAUCCAUGCUUAAAAUAUAUUUAAGGAUUGUGUGCGUUAAAUCAGCUUUAUAUGCAUAAUGUAUGCGGAGUGAAAUUUGGACAACCCUUCCAGCAUUUAAACAAAAAUGCAACCCUGUGCAAGGCACCAUACGAAACUUCAUACUCUAGGCACACAUAUUUUAAGCAUCCAGUGUUGAUUUCGACCCACUAGGAAAUACCAUGUGAACAAAAUGGCAGCAAAUGCCUAAUCUGGCACCUAGCCAUAACGACAAAAGAAUAAAUUGGACGCAAUGAAGGAUUAUGGCAUACCUUUUGUACAAAAAUCUGAUAACCCUCCAAUUGAGGAUUUCGGGGCUAAUUUGAAGCGAAGAGUAUAUGCCAAUAUUUUUUUAUCUAACGCUAUCAAAUAUGUGAUAAUCGAAAUUAAGAAAGAUUUCAAUAAAAUGUUAACAUCACCUUUUUGACUGCUCUGCAAAAAGUUACUGCAAACUAUCGUAAAGCUUCUCGAAUAAGCUCAAAUAUCUUCUACAUUAAGUUAAUAAGCUUUCAUAUAGAGAUAACAUUUAAUAGAGAUAUUUCUUUAAAAAAUUGCCUUUUGAAUUUUGUCCAAAUUUUAUUCCGCACACGUUAUAUAGAGUUACCACCACAGAGAACAGACAUACAAGCUAGAGCAAACUUUCCCGAGAAAUCUGUGUAAACAGUUAAAUUAAAAUACGUUGAAAAUCACCAUCGCGUUCAGGUUCGCAUGCGUGAUUUACCAUUGUAUCCAAGUUUGCAUACAAGUCCCGUAUAGCGAUUGCUGGCCGAUCGAAGCGCCAGCCGGUGGCAAGUUGCUACUUGCUGUAGUCAUUUCAAAGCGACAGUUUUAUUUCUUACACACGUUGAAAACUUUACUUGUAUGUCAGUUCUCAGUGUUACCACUAAAGUUACCCAAGUAACUAAUAUUACCAAGUGGCCACAAGCAUAAAGCCAUUGUACAAUAAUGGCUGUACAUUUGUUUUAAGGUUGCAUUCAAAUUCCAUUGUAGCAUUUGCAAUGCAAUCAAGCUCUAUAUUGGCAUUAAAAAAGUAUACAGGCACGGCCGAAAUACAUAUACUUUCGCCGACGAUAUGAAUUUUUUCGACAAUUACAGGAUAAAACCGAUGCCGAGCUUCUUCAGAGGGAACUGGAGAGCUUUAGUACGUGGUGUGAUCUAAACAGAAUGAUUUUAAAUCCGAGUAAAUGCUCAAUCGUUACCAUUUCUUCGACACGAGCAUUCCAAUCAAGGAUCUCGGAGUCAUUAUGGAUUCGGCACUAACGUUCAAGUUAUCAAGACAGCUUGGGUUCAUUUUCCGAAUAGCGAAAAACUUUUGGGACGUAUACUGUCUUCAAUCGCAUUAUUGCGCGUUGGUCCGCUCAACGUUAGAAUAUUGUUCUACUGUUUGGAAUCCGUACUACCAGAACGGGAUUGGCAGAAUCGAGGCUGUCCAACGCCGGUUCAUACGCUUCACCCUUCGACAUCUCCCAUGGCGAAACAAAUUCAAACUGCCGAACUAUGAAAACCGUUGUCAGUUAAUACAUAUCGAUACUCUCAGCAUUCGGAGGGACUGCUAUCGAGCCCUACUCGUCUCGGACUUACUCUGCGCCAGAGUGGAUUGUCCUACAAUCCUCGGAUGUCUGGAUCUUCAAGCCCUCGUUCGAGCUCUACGUAAUAACUCUCUUCUGCGAGUUCCGUUCAGGAGAACCAACUGUGGUUGCCAGAGCGCUGUUAUUGGACUCCAGCGAAUUUUUAACAUUUUUUUUUUAAUUUUUUUUUUAGCGACGGCCUUUGACUUCAACCGGACGCGGAAUUUAAUAAAAGCGAAAAUCUUGGUUAUUUUGAAAUUUAAUUAGUUUAAGCUACCACCAUUGGGGCCAAGGGGCCUAUUGGUAAAGGUAAUAAAAAUAAACAUUUAGUGUUAUCAUAUAGCGAAUAUAAAGCCGAUAUAAUGCUAUUGUAAUGCUAUGGAUUUAUUCGUUAUGAAAUAAGUUGAAAAUUGUAAAUAAGUUGAAAAUUGCAUUCGAACAUAUGCAAUAUAGCCUAGGCAGCGAAAUCAGUACACUUGCGUGAAUGACGAGCAUGACACCUCUGUUCGAGAUUGGCAAUUUUCGUAAAACAUUAUUCAUAUCGCGUGAGAACAAAAUUCGGUUUAGGAUAUUCAUUCAAUACAUUACAAGGGAGUCAAUUACAGUUCUAACAAAGAUUUUAAUAUCUUUUUCCUUUUGUUCAUCAUAUUGAAAGGGAAACCAAAAAAGUGCUGCGAAAACAUUGCGGAAAUGACAUUUAAUUGGAGCUUUAUAUUAGCUUGAGUUGUGCCGAUAUCAGGCUUUCAAAUGUGACCCUUAUUCAUUGGCGCAAUAGAAAAACAUUAGUAAUGCAAAAAGGGGUUGUCAAUAUCUGCACAGUACAAGCACAAUAUUUCGUUUUUUGGCAUUAAAUCAGCAUUAUAUUAGAAUAUAGAGCUUACGGGACUUUAAGACUGCACUAUACACAGGUCUAAAACAGAUAUUACCCAAGUAACCAUAAGCAUUAAGCCAUUGCCCAAUAUUGCCUGUACAUUUGCACUAAUGUUGCAACUCCAUUGUAGUAUUAACAAUGAAUUCAAGCUCUAUAUUAGCAUCAUAAAAGUAUACUUACAAAGCCACAACAAAGCGUUACUGCCUGCUCUGUAUACAUAUAUAAAGCUAAUAUAACGCGUACAUGCUUCAAGGAUCUUUAAAAUAUUCAUGCUUUACAUAUGCAUUUAUUGCCAUUAUAGAGCAAAUAUAAUGCCGAUAUAAAGCUAUCGUAAUGCUUUACCGAAAAUUCAUUAUGCAAUUUUUGUUGAAAAUCAUAUUCGGCAUAUUUCAUUUCAUUCGAACACAUGCAAUAUAGCCAAGGCAGCAACGGCAAUAUACUUUUGUUCGAGUGUUAUUAAAGGCAACUUUCAUAAAAUAUUCUUCGUAUCGUAUGAGAGCGGUAUUCCGUUAAGGAUAUUCAAUACAAUGCAUUAGAAGUUAACAACGGUUUUAAACAUUAUUUUAAUUUUUUUCCUUUUUCACGUCAUACCGAAAAUUCAAGUCAUUUUUAUUAGCAUGAUUUGUGCCAAUCUUAGGCUUUCAAAUUUGACAUUUAUAUGCUGGUGCUAUAUAAUAGCAUUAGUAACGCAAAAACGGGCUGUCAAUCUUUGCACAGUAAUAGCACUAGUAUGCCUUGAUUUAAAGCAGAUAUAAAGCUACGUUAUACUGCUUACUUGGGUUAUAACGUGACCCAAUAUUUACUAUAAAUCUGAUAUAAUGCUGACAUUGAGUCAGAAAAGGCAAAAUAUUGUGCUGUUAUUGUGCAGAGUUUGAAAGCCCGUUUUUGCGUUAGUGAUGCCAUAAUAUAUAACCAAUAUAAUACCAUCAAAUGUAAAACUUUCAAACCCUGUUAUCGGCACUACUCAUGCUAUUAGAACGCGCUAAUGGGCUAUCAUUAUGAAUUUAAAAUUGAAAUUGAAUAUUUUUUUACUUUUUAACGACAUUCGUUUAGCUAGAGAUUACUGAGUAGGGAAAGUUAUGAAAAUUAAGAGCCAUUGUGCUCAAGUGAGAGCAAGGAUGUGAAAUAUACAGAUCGGAAAACUAGAAGUGGCCGGGCCAUUAGAAACAGGCUAAAAGUCUUAUGGACUAAUCUUUUGUCUUCUGCUGACAGGCGUCGAGCUUAGACAGUAUUAUUAGCCUAAGUUCGACUCCUGCCAGCAGAAGACAAAAGAUUAAUCCGUAAGACUGUAAGCCUGUUCGUAAUGACCCUGAAUAAAAAGGGGGAAAAUAUUUAAAAAAUUACUAUUUUAACUUUUAACAGUUUCACGUCAAUUUCCUAUUGUAAGUCUCGAACAGAGGUACCUUGCCUUGCCGUUCACGACUAGUGCGUUGCUUUUGCUGUCUAGGCUAUAUUGCACGUAUGUUCGGAUGCAAUGAAAUAUGCCGAAUACAAUGCUCAAGUGGAAAUGCGUAAGGAAUAGUACCACAGCAUUAUAUAAGCAAUAUAUUAGCGUUAUAUUAGCUCAAUAAUAAUAGUUAUGAUUACUUGGGAACCUUUUAAUUUUUUCUAUCUUUUCAAUGAAACUGCCAAAACUAGCUCAACAAAAGUUCUUUUUGAAACGUAGAAGUAACCUAAACGGAAGAUUUAUCAAAGGCAAUCAUACUAUUUUAUUUCAAGAACAUCUUUUCACAAGGGCUUUAUAACCGUUAUUUGUAGAAUAAAACUGGCCAAGAAUGAGUCGUAGGAAUUCAAUCCUUCUUUACUCAUAAUAAAAUUGUGACGUUUUUCAUUUGCUAUGGUUUUCAAGAUAUAUGUUUGAUUGUUUGUUUAUUGUUGAUGGAGACACGCGAAUAACCUCUGUAGAGACCUAAUUUCACGAGUCAAGUAUUCUUAAUAAACCAAAAUUAAAAUUUUGAUUUGAAAUGACAUUUAGAACCAUAGUCUGUCAGAAAACAUUAUUUUGGCCUGGAAAAUAUUAGGAAAUUUCAUAAAGAUGGCUAUUGAUAUUUAUUUUUAAAGGUUUUAACUGCAAGUGUCAUUCACCUUUUUCUGAAACAAUAUAUACAUUUCAAUAUAUUCAAAUUCAAAUUCAAAAAACAAAAAACGAACAUUAUUGUGAUUGUCUAUACUAGGCGCACGACUUUCUGUACCCUCUCUACCCUCUACUUCGCUCUCGCAUAUGUCCAUGUCGUUGUAGCUAGGUCGGUUUGGGUUUUCACUGUUGAUUGUUGUUUGAUGUUUCUUGUGUUUCUAAGUGAACUUGACGCCCCACAUCAAAUUGCAUCACGGAAAAAACGCUGUACAAUAUUACCUAGUGGUCCGAUCUUUUUCAAACUUGCAGACAAUGCAAUAUAACCUAUUAGUAAGUUUUUGGUAUUAUUAUUUCAUUGAACUUAAAUACCAUAAUCGUACGCUUGCACUUUACGCUUAGCUCCACUCAUUAGGUUCUGUACAACUUCUGGCUGUAGCUUGGAAAUUGGUUCUUACCCAAAUUUUUAGGGAAAAAUACCAUAGUCCUGGCUCUAAAAUAGUGUCGGAUUCUGACGAGACGAAAAUGAAAUGCAAAUUCCAUAACUAUUUUAUGAUUUCGGUACUGUACAUUUCAGUUCGAGAAUUUCGCAUGGAACGAGAUUUUCCAUCGCCACACCAUGGAACGGUACCCAUACUCUUCGGCCUGAUCUUUCUCUCUCUCUCAUCACGUCUGAUCGUUCCAUUGUAAACGCAUCAAGUAUCAAUGCUUCAGCUGUUCAUUCUUCCGAAGCUCCCCAUACGCCAGGUUGAAGUGGCUUUGUAGAUGAUUGAGCAAGUCAAACCGAAAAGGGCGGUGCACUGACAAACAUACACGCACACAGAGAUACCCCACUAGAUCGAAAGAAGAAAAGAUCGAAUCAUUGUCCGUAUCUCGGCAUAUUUUGCGCGAAUGGCUCUGCGGUUGCUUCGCUGAAACGUUCUGCUCUGACAUAGGGUCAUAGCUCGCGGUAGUUGUCUUCUGUUCACUCUCGCGACAGUCUCCGGGUAUUAGUCUUUCUUCGUCAAACCGGCCGGUCUGGCUCAAUGAUCGGUGACGGCGACCAUCCACCCGUGACAUCUUAACGUCAACUUGCUUCGCUCUCGGUUUUCUGCACAAAACACAAACGUCACCGUGCACGGACUCUGUUAUUGUACUCUACCUACUUACUCAUGAUUUUUGCAAACAGUUCGCAUGAACCACUCGGGUCGCGUCGGAUGGGCAUUGAUGCAUGGAUGAAUGAAUAUGCGAAUAUAUGUAGGCAUGGGCAUCACGGGCACUUGUGCGCCGCUGGCAGUUGGAUAUGAAUAAGCAAACGGCGAAGAAGGCAAAACGAUGCAUUGAACUGAAAUUGAAUUUCAAAUUUGAUGAAUGAGUGCGCUCCCGCGGUAAGGCUCGCGAGGGACGAGCCCGAACGUUGGGUCUGAUGGGUAGAAAUAAGACAGCGCCCCAUAAAUUGUAUACGUACUAAAAGUAACAAGACAAUGUGAAAUACAAGCCUAGUGUAGGUAUAAUUUUUCUGUGUAGAUAUGCGAAAAAAAAACUUCUUACUAUUUAAUAAUCGAACCCGUAGAAGAGUGACAGCUGUAUAGAGGAAAAUGUUUAAAUAUAAAUUCCAGAUCUCAAACUAAUGGUUCAUACACUAUUCGAAUGGAGAGCUCAAAGACACUGACAGUAACUAUAAUUGACCUUUACCACAACUUACAGGAAUAACUUUUCAGCGCAAAGACUUGGAACAUUUCGUCCAACAAAUAUACAUAAAUAGUACUUUUGAGAGUCAUUGAGAUGAGAUGGAAUAACCAGAAUCUUAAUUUUGCUAGGAAAGUAAAUAGAAAUAGAGAAAUGACGCCGAUGAUGUAUAUUAUCGAACAAAUGAGAUAUGAUCGUACUGUUUUCCACUGCUCAAAGAGAUUUGAUCGUAGUACAUUUAGUGUUCCAGGACAGUGAGCAAACUGACAUAGCUGGAGUAAUGAGAUAUUGCUUUAUUUAAGGUUUUAAGGGAGCAGUAAUAUGUGUACAGAAUGUAGACCAAUUAGAAGACCGUAAUACGAAUAAGAAGAAUUAAUUGACCGUAAU